GUGCAAUAGAGGAGGUAAAACAUGGUGACGACAUGCACCAGCAUGCCUGCCAGAUAGAUUCCUUGUGCAAUUUCAAUGCUGUAUAGCGACAAGAAAAAUGGCGCCCAUCAAGGUCGGUAUAGUUGGCUACGGCUUCAGCACAAAGUGCUUUCACCUCCCGUACAUCCUGCCCAACCCUGAUCUCCAAGUUUACGCCUUUCUUCAGCGAGCCGAGGCGCCGCCCAAGGGCUCAGGGGCUGAGGCACAGGACGCGCACGGCAAGAUGACCAUCCGAGGCGGGCACUGCACCGUCGAGUUUCCUGACGCCAAGCACUACAGAACCGCCAACGAGUUCUUUGGCGACCAAGCAAUCGAGCUUGUGGUGAUUUGCACGCCGAAUCAUGAAGAGUUCGUCAAAGGUGCUCUAGACUCUGGGAAGCACGUUGUCGUCGAGAAGCCCUUUGUCACUACUAGCGAGGGUGCAGACAGACUGAUCGAGCUGGCCAGGGAGAAGAAACGGGUCCUGACCGUCUUUCACAACCGCAGGUUCGACAGCGACUUUCUUACCUUGAAGUACCUCUUGUCCGAGGGCGCUCUUGGUGAUGUUCGAGAUGCGCAGAUUCACUUUGACUUUCCUGAUCCCAGCUGGAUCGGGGGCUGGACCCAAAAGGAGUACGUGCCUGGGGAGGGAAUGGCUUUUGGACUAGGAUCGCACACAAUCGAUCAAGCUCUCGCCUUGUUCGGCACUCCCUCCUUCGUUACCGGUUUCUUCGCCUCAAACAGGGGCGUCGACAGUGACGUGGACGACACUUUCACUAUUGUUAUGCAGUACUCAGGAAACAGUACCAGCAAAAACCUACUCGUGACGGUCAAGACUACCAUAAUCACGCCCAUGCGGGACCAGCUCAAGUUCUUUGUCAGGGGCACCAAGGGCACCUAUCUCAAAUUUGGCUACUGUCCACAAGAAGCCCGCGCCAUAGCGAAUCCAGGAAGGCCAGCCCCCGACGACCACGGCGUUGAGGACGAGCGAGCGUGGGGUGAUUUAAUCACCAAGGUCCAGUUCGACGCUGCAUCACAAAGCUUCGACGAGAGCACUGAGUUGUGGACUGGCAAAUACCCCAGCUUGCCGGGCUACUGCCGUGGAUACUAUGAGAAUGUGGUCCAUGCCAUUCGCGGCAGUGCAGAUGUCGAGGUGAGGCCCGAGACGGCGCGAGAUGGGCUGAGAGUCAUCGAGUUGGCGAGGAACUCGCAUGAGAAAGGAGUCAAGGUACCAUGGUCUUGAAGCUGGCACCACUUCCUUUGACGGUCUACCAUUGUGGCCUUUUUUUUUAAAAAAAAAAAAAAAAAAAAAAAAAAAAGAAAACGACCAAGAAAAACCAACUCACCGUGCGUAUCUAUGUUCUGAUAUUCUCUCG